GAAAGUUUUCCGUGAUCAAGAAGGUGCUCGCUCGUUCGUCUGAUACAACGCAAGGUGAAACGGAGUGCGAGUUGUGUCAAUCACAGUAAAUGGUGGGUGGUUGUAUCGUUGGAAAGUUACGGUAUUACCGUUUCCAAGGUCUUGUAAAAAUAUCGCCGUUAUGGGGCUAUUAAUCGUGCAAAAUUAUUCAACGUAUCGUAGAAUUCGAGUCAGUAGAACAACGUGCAGGUCAAUUUCCUAGGAAACGAAUCGUUCAACCGAAUAUUUUUCAACGUAACGAUUUUCCAACAUACAACUUUUAACGGUAUCUCCGAAAUCCGAUGACCUAGCGGAAGAAGCUCCAAGCAGAAGAAAAGACAAACGCAAGUAAAUCGUGCUUCUGUAGACACCGCAUAGAAAGAACGGAACGAGGAGGAGAGGAAAAAUUGGGUGAAUCGUAAAAUGGGCUCUACGAGACAGCAGGACAGAUUACUUGGCGGUGGAAUAUCUUUACCACAGUGGAUGAAAGGAAAAAGUGACAAUAGAUUCGAUUUCGACGACACCACAUUCAGUCCGCCAUCUCACGACGACAGCUUUUUUUACAUACGAUAUCCAAAGGGGCAGAACCAAUUGUCCGUUUCGCAGGAGUUUAGGUCGAUCGACGAUGCUUUUAGCGAAGAAAACGUGGCCGCUUCGUCGACGAAUAACAUAAAGGCACAGCAAGAGGGAAAACAACAGGUGACCGAAGAGAAGAAGAAAAAAAGCGAGGAGAUUGAUUUCAGUAAACAUCCGUUACCCUGUCAACCGUUUGUGCCAACAGCUAGCAAAGAGAAGAAGAUCGCCAAGGGUGCAACAAGGGCGAAGGGGGCUGGUCCGUUAACGGAGAGUAGCAAGGUCGCAAAGUCACAGGGGAUAGACGAUGGAUUUCACGGCGAGCCAGCGCUUUGUGGAAAAUCAAUUGUCCUUGUAGCCAGUCAGAUGAUGUCUAACAGAUUUCAUGAAAGUUUCUCGGCCGAACAGACGGCCGCCGGCGGUGGUGAACCGAAGAAAGGGAGCAAAUCUUUACCAGCCACCCCGUUGACUUCGCCCACGGGAAGUCCGAGUAGUUCGCCGAAAGCUCGUCGACGCGUCACCCCGUCGAAUCGAUACUUUACCGGUUCGCACCUAGUUGAUCGUGAAAAAUAUCAAGGGGGCUGGAUCUUGGCAAGCAUCUUUGGCCAAUCCAGAGAGAUCGUUACCGCGAAAAUCGACGAAGAGGACGAGACGGGCACGGAAAUUUCGGCUGUUCCUCCUAGUAGAGCACUUAAUCGGAAGAAAUCUAUAUCGUCGCAAAAUCUCACAUAUGUAGGAAGUGAUGAAAAAUCGGUCGACAAACCCGCCAUCUAUUCAAACGUAUUUCAAGCGAAACCAUCUGAAUUAAGAGAGAUGAAUUUCUGGUCACCAACGUCCAUGUAAACCGCCGCGCCGAUCCGACGAUGAAAUUUGUCUUCUCGUUGUCUGCAGCUUAUCGUUCGUUUACGCUUCAGCGUUAGCUAAUUAAUAAUAAUUCGUUGGAAUUCCUUCGGGAAGAAAGCACGAUAAGAGUCACCACGACGUAACAUUCUUCGUUUACCGUGGUUUUCUUCUUUCCAAAACCAACCAACCAACCAAUGCGUCGACAAAAAAUAAAUUUUCCCCCUCUUUGUUUUUUGUGUAUUCUUAUCGGUUUGUUUAUUUUACAGCUAUCAUAAUUAACAUUUAGCUACGGAGUACUUGUAGUCUCCCCUCCCCCCUCACCCCUCUGUCUCUUAGCGUUAUUAUCGAAGAAAGUUGUUCGUACGAUAGUCGAUUCUCAGAAACCUGCGUCCCUGACUGUAUAUUAUAAUGAUUGCGUUCUAGAUAAGAAGUGCCGUAGAAAGAGAAAUAUUUGCGUAUUGUAAAAAGAAAAAACGCGUUUUUGGAAAAAAGAGAG